UUAGGUGUGGGAACUAGAACAGGGUAUCAAAUAUAUCAGAUUGAAGAUGCACAUGGGCUGAAUAUUGAAGUAACCUGUGCAGCCAUUGAAGAAAAAGGUUUUCAUUUUGCUACUGGAGCAUGUGAUGGAACAGUGAAAGUUUGGGAUUUUGGAAGCGGGCAGGAAAUGAAAGCCUUGCCUUUGGCUGAGCACAGCAAAGAGGAGAGACAUCGUCUGCUUCAAGUAGUUUAUCUGAAAGCUGGUCAGAGCAAACAUGUGCUUCUUGUUUUGGAGCAGAGUGGGAAGAUGAAAAUCAUUCAGGGUAAUGAAGGUCAAACACAUCUAAAUGUAACAUGGGAGCUUCCUGAGGCUGUGGCAUUUCCACUGAAAAAUCCAGUUUUGUCUCUGUCACUGAAGCCUGAUGACUUACAAACACAUGAUUUUUUUCCAGACAUUCAGCCGCUGCCUGACACCAAUUCUCUAAGCAGUGAAAAAGAGAAUUUUGUACAUUCCAGGGAAAUGAAGUGCUUUGAUGUGUUAAAAGUAGAAGGAUGCAGUUUGAUAGCUACAGGAAAUGCAAAUGGUGCAAUAAUUUUGUGGGACUUUGAAGCUGCCUCUGUCAGAUGUCUGUAUAAAAUUAAUGAAGACAGCCAGGCUUCAGUCCCUCAAACAUCUGGAGUCAAUGCUCUGUUGUUCCUUGUUCCCUGUGCUUUCUUCUCUGGGAAAAUUGAUUCCCUGUCCUCUACUACUGAUACUGUAAGGAGUGAUGUCAAUGUCAUUCCAGGACCAGAAAAUCUAAAUAAGGAAAAUAUAAAAAGUGAUGAAACUAAUACUCAAGAAGCAACAGAAAAAGACACAACAGCCUAUCAGAAUGUGCAGCACUGGGAGAAGAACGUAUUAUUCUCCAAAGCUGUAAUGGGAUACUCACCAGUACUGGCUUCUGCUCAUGAAAAUGGCUAUAUCUACUUAUGGAGUAUUCAGGGAAACUUGCUGAAAGAAAUUUUGCCCUUUUCGAAAUAUCCUUCAGUUUCUCUGACAGCACUGUGCACAGAUAUCUCUACUAACAUUCUUCUGGCAGGCAGUAAAGAAGGUUAUAUUAUGCGCUGGAGCAUUGGCUCAUUCUUCAAAGAUCUACAGGACAGUAAAAAUCAAGUAAAGGAGGAGCUCUGCUGGAGGGCACACUCUACCAAAGUGGUUGAUUUAUUUCAUGAAGAAGAGAAAAAUGUGGUAGCGACUGCAUCUAUUGAUGGUUCAGUCAGGCUCUGGCAUGCCACGAAUGGAUACUAUCUUGGUUACUUUGGACAGCCCAGGAAGUUUGAAUUAUCAGAGAUCAGUGAGCUGAUUUUGCCUUGUGAUAUUAAUAAAUUUCCAACAAUAAUUAAAGAGGAAAGCAAAUACAUGGAAAAGAAGAAGAAAUCUGAAUAUCCUCUAAUACUGGACAGGGAAAAGUGGAAGUCACUGACCAGAUCAUCUUUGGUUUUAAAUAAGCCUGAACAUGAAGAUAUACUUCAGGACUUCAAGUUUUUCAGAGCUUUGGCUUCUCCGAAGAUGCUUAGACAACCUUUGGAAAGUUUCAAGACUGGAAACAAAGAGGCUGGUGUGGUGUUUGGAUCUAUUCCUAUAUAUGAGCUGGGAAGCCCAGCUGAAGAGAGUAUUCUACCCAGUUAUGAGUGGAACAACACUGAAAGCUCCAGUCGCACUGAAUGGAAAAUGGAGCCAGAGCUCAUUGAAGAACAGCAUCAAGAUAAAUAA